UCAGAUCCAGCCACAGCCUGCCGCUGCUGCCACCACCUCCAAGCAAAGCGACAACAUCGAUCGAUCGGCGGCGGUGGGAGGGAUUGUUUUGGUUAAAGUUUACCAGUUGCUGUUUUAUGCUUCUGUCCGAGUUCGACUUUCAAAAUGUUUUCUGUGACUUUUAUUUGUUCACCCGAUUUCUCCCCCCACUUGCUGGAGAGACUCUGGAUAAAGCGGUCUAAAAGAGCAGCAACUUUUUCCCAAACCGACCAACGGGCUGACCUAUGCUAAGCUAGCCCGCUAGCCAAAAGUCUGGAAUGCAGUCGGGCUUUUUUUUUGUUUGUUUACAGUCCACAAACCAGCAGGCAAAAUCGACAUUUUCGUCACUCGGUUGCUUCUAGCUGUAUUCCUGCGUGUUUUGAAGGGGUCACCAGCACCAGGGGAGGCUCCGUGUUCCUCCUGUCGGACGGCAGGUGCACCUCUCGCGGCACCUGCGGAUACUCGGUUCCUCUGCUCCAUCGGUAAACGGCUAACUUUAGUUUGCUCACAGCAGACUCAGCUAUUCACGCUGUUACUUAUGUUCCUCCUGUGAAGCUAAUCUUAAUAAUUAAUUUAUACCCUUUUUUUUUAGCUUUUUAUCACUCAGCUCAUGAAGCGGUGGGAUUUAAGCCGUGUUUCGGCUAAUCUUAGCGAGCAGCCUCGCUAAGUUGCUUUUUACCGACGUGGAUCCACGCUUGUCCACUCAGUCCCACGGGACUUUGGACACGGUUUGGUCCUGCUGAGAGGAUUCCUCUCGUUUUCUCUUCGGAAAAAGGCAGUAUGAAUAUUUUAGAGAGUCGUAUUUUCCCUUUUUAAACUUUUUUUCCCCCACUUAGUUCUCUUAUAUCUGCACCCUAUGGUGCCGCUACGGCCACCGAGAAAUGGAUGUCUCUCAGGCCGCUUUCCCAAACGGUGAAGGGCGGCCGGACGGCGGUGGGACCGGAGAACAUGCCUGGACAGAGUGCCCGACCGUCCGCUCGUGGGCUCACUCUGCCCCGCUGUGUCCCACCCGGUCCCUGUGGACCGCCGCGUACGACUACGAGGCAACAGGCGAGGACGAGCUGAGCCUGAGGAGAGGGGACGUGGUGGAAGUGCUGUCCCAGGACGCUGCGAUCUCCGGAGAUGAAGGAUGGUGGACGGGCAAGCUGAACCACCGGGUCGGGAUUUUCCCUUCCAAUUACGUGACGUACCAGCCCGCUAUCUACCGCCUCCCAGCAGCCGGCGGGUCGGUGGGGGUGUCGGAGCAAGUGCCCAACACACCCACCCAGAUCCCCUUCAGUGAACUGGUGCUGGAGGAAAUCAUCGGCGUGGGUGGAUUCGGUAAAGUUUACCGGGGAACUUGGAAAGAUCAGGAGUUCGCGGUUAAAGCGGCCCGACAAGACCCGGAUGAGGACAUAACUGCCACCGCUGCCAGUGUCAAGCAGGAGGCGAAGCUUUUCUCCAUGCUGCAGCAUCCGAACAUCAUCAAGCUGGAGGGGGUCUGCUUGGAGGAGCCCAACCUGUGCCUGGUGAUGGAGUACGCCCGAGGUGGGACGCUGAAUCGGGCGCUGACUGGGAGGCGCAUCCCUCCACACAUCCUGGUGAACUGGGCCGUGCAGAUUGCACGCGGGAUGCACUAUCUGCACGAGGAGGCUGUGGUACCCAUCAUCCACCGUGACCUGAAGUCCAGUAACAUUUUAUUACUUGAAAAAAUUGAGAAUGAUGACAUCGGGAGGAAGACCUUAAAGAUCACAGAUUUUGGCCUCGCAAGGGAGUGGCACAAAACCACGAAAAUGUCUGCUGCAGGCACCUACUCCUGGAUGGCCCCUGAAGUCAUCAAGUCCUCUCUCUUCUCCAAAGGCAGCGACGUCUGGAGUUAUGGCGUCCUGCUGUGGGAGCUGUUAACAGGGGAGGUGCCUUACCGAGGGAUCGACGGGCUGGCAGUGGCUUAUGGUGUUGCUGUGAAUAAGUUAACACUUCCAAUCCCCUCCACCUGCCCUGAACCCUUCGCCAAGCUCAUGGAAGAGUGCUGGGACCAGGACCCUCAUGUGCGUCCCUCCUUCUCCUGCAUCCUGGAGCAGCUGUCAGCCAUCGAGGAGGCAGUGAUGGCCACCAUGCCGCAGGACUCCUUCCACAGCAUGCAGGACGACUGGCGGGUGGAGAUCCAGGAGAUGUUUGAUGAGCUCAGGACCAAAGAGAAGGAGCUCCGCUCCAGAGAGGAGGAGCUGACGCGAGCCGCCCUGCAGCAGAAGUCUCAGGAAGAGCUGCUGAAGCGCCGUGAGCAGCAGCUGGCAGAGCGGGAGAUCAACGUGUUGGAGAGGGAGCUCAACAUCCUCAUCUUCCAGCUCAACAAGGACAAGCCGAACGUGAAGAAGAGGAAAGGCAAAUUCAAACGUUCCCGCCUCAAACUGAAGGAUGGAAACCGCAUCAGUCUGCCAUCAGACUUUCAGCACAAGAUAACAGUGCAGGCGUCACCUUCUAUGGACAAAAGACGCAGCCUUCAUAGCACCAGCUCCUCUCCUCCCAGCAGUCCCACACUCAUCCCCCGGCUCAGAGCCAUCCAACUUACUCAAGAUGAGAGCAAUCGUACGUGGGGCCGCAGCACCCUCCUCAGGCCGGAGGAGUUUGAUGAUGUGAAAAAAGGAAUCAAGAAGAAAGGAAGAACCUGGGGCCCCAGUUCAGUGCAGAGCAAAGAAAGGCCUGCUGCAGCAGAGAGGGUGCGUCCUCUAUCGGACGGCAGUAACCCCUGGUCCACCAGCUUGCUAAAGUCCCAGAAGUCUGUCCCACUCGCCGCUCUGUUUGGUGAACAAGGAGCAGGGAGGGAUGAAGCAUUCCCCCAGGAAUGUCCUGACAGCAGCUCCAAACCAAAGCAGCUCAAGUUUCCCAACCAGGUUUACAUCGACCUACCUCUGUGGAGGGACGACGCGCAGCCUCAGAGCCCCGGUGGAAACGGCGGCUCAGGAGAUGCUGGGGUUGGUGCAGGAAGCCCAGAGGGACCUCCAGACUCUCCAGAAGAUCCCAGCACCACCACAUCCACCUCUUCCACCUCCACAACACCACAGCUAACCCCCACCAACAGCCUGAAGCGAGCGUCAGCUCGACGUAAGACUGACUUUGCGUUGUACGGCUGCGGCUCACUGCUGGCCUCGUUGGUCCUGGGUUAUGACAUCAGGGAGGCCCUCAAGAACUCCUCGUCUCCUGAGGAUUGUGAGACCCCAAAAGAGGAGAAGAAGAAGAAGGAGGGCCUAUUUCAGCGUGCGACGCGGUUCCGCCGCAGCACCUCUCCGCCAGGUAGUCGCUCCCGCAAGGAGGACACAUCAUCAAACCCCACCAGCCCACCGUCUGUCAACCUUGUUUCAAUGUCGGCCAUUAUGGAGUGCAACUCCACCAAGUGCCUCUUACAACCGGAAGCAGAGGUGUCUGAGUCUGUUCCUGGAAAGGCUGAGCCUGUGGCUAACAAUCACCACUCUGAAAAGAAAGCAGCGCCUGCAGACAGACAGAGUAACAAGACUGCAGCUGAGACACAGACAGCAGUACAGAUGCAGACUCCGCCCCCAGAGCAGAGCAACCACAACACAGGAACCCGUCUGCGUAGAAAGAAGUACACCACCAACCACAGCGCCCCCAGCGGCCCGCUGCCCCCGCCUGCUGCCCAGAGGAGACAGGACAAAGAGAGGGACGAGAAGCCGCUGAACGGGGACCCCGUCCCCAGGCAGAGGCCUGUGUCAUUCCGGGCCAAACCUCACGCCUGGGCCCUGCUGCGAGGGUGCAACAAGAGCUACUCCCUGGGCCACUACUCUGGGGAGAAGACGGCUCAGAACCUGAAUGUGGUGCUGUCCUCAGAGGGGGGCUGCUCCCUGCUGGACAUGGAUACCGAGGGGCAGAAACGGGACUGCACCGUGCCGCUCUGCCGCAUCCAGAGCUCCCCUGGACGACCCUCUGUGUUUGAGCUGGAGAAAGAGUUCUUCUCCUAGAAGCCCAGGGGAGCGAUCUGCUCCAAUGGAAGCCAGCAUGGAAGGUUUAGAUGCCUCGGUUCCUCUCUGCCUCGUUAAGCAACAGAGUGGAUCUUUUUAUUUCCUAGUGCCAGAGCCCAGUGAUGUUGGUGUGUCACUGCAGCUCUGCCUUACACACUGCCAUGUCUCCAGCACAGAGGAAACCAGAGCGGGGAGCUGAUCUCAGAUCAUCCCCUCCUUCUUCAUUGCAGCUCAACGUUGACCGCCGCUGCAGCUCUCCCAUCUCACAUUUUUAUUUAUUUUUAUUGGUAAUUUAAUAUGAACCGACUUAGAGGGCAGCAGGACAUACAUUCCACCUUAAGCUGCGUUCACACCAAACGCAGCAGGAGCAGCUAGUUUACAUGCAAAGUCAAUGGUUGACGCGCGUCAAUGCGCAGCAAAAUGUCCCGCAGCGUGUUUUGAGCAGCGGGAGCAGCACGUCUGAGC